AAACUUAAUUUUACACUGGCCUCAAAGGGUCAUCUAGCCCAGAAGAGCAGCAUUACUACAUAGACUUCAUGAUGUCACAAUUAAAUCAAACUGGAAUGACUGCGAUCCUAAAGACACUGACCUCAUGCUGUGAGUGACAUCUCAGUGCUCUUCAAACUAAUUUCACAUCAGGACCUGAAACAAGAACCCUGACUGUGCCAUAAUGACUAAUUCUAUAUUGGUGAGUGAACUGGAGCUGAGCAUGGCCACUGGAGGAACAGAGGGGUCCUGCUAUCGCUGUACUUUACCGUUUGGUGUGGUGCUCCUGCUGAUUAGCAUUGCUGUUACAGCUGUAGCCUACAGCUUCAACUCCCACGGCUCCACCAUCUCCAUCCUGGGGCUGGUGCUGCUCUCCUGCAGCCUCCUGCUGCUCUGCUUCACGGCGGUGUGCUGGAAACUCCGACGGGGCAAAGAGAUGGGAAUACGCUCGACAAGCCAGGGCACCCUGGUGGAGAGACUCAGUGACAGCUGCAAUUAAAACAGAUAAUGGAUAAAUCAGAAAUCAUUACGAAAUUCAUUACACUGUUUAUACAAAAGCAGAAUUUAACAUUUAGCUGAAAUAAUAUUUUGUACUUUUUUGUACUUAAUAUACUAUAUUACCUAAAAUUAAAAUAAAAUGUGAGUUUUGAAUUUAGGAUUAGAUUACUUAACUCAGUUAUUCAAAUUUAUUUACAAUCAAAUUCACAUCAUUCACAGUUGUCUAUUAAAAAGCAUGGUGAGAAAGUUGUUACUUUGGUGAAAUUUGUUAAUUAUAGAUUUAAUAGAAAUAGUUUAACUACAGAGGCAGCAAAACUGUACAUGAAUGCCAUGAUUUUAUCAACUAUACAAACUAGUUGGACACAAACAAAUGUUAGACAAACAAGACUUGUAAGUUUUAGAUAAUAAGUCACAUCAAAUCUCGCGAAGCAAACUCUCAUUAUUAAACUGUGCUAAUCCAAAUAUAUAUAUUUUUAAGAUUUCUAAUCUUUCUUAAUGGAAUAAAUAUCCACAGAAAUCACCAGUUUUUUUAAUAAUACUGCAGUUGCUAAUUUCAAUUUUAUUGGUUUUGGCAAGAAAAUAAAGCUUUUAUAACUAAA